AUGCUGCUCAAGCUUACGUCCCUGCAAGCGUCCAUCAAGCCUGAAGCUGUCGAAACCAUCGACGAGCCAGUCUGGGAGCUAGAGGAAAAGAAUGUGGAGGAUGGCGCCGAAGUCCAAAGGAAGCUCAAAACAAAGAUGGCCAAGAGGCUUGUAAAGAAGACAAAGAAACUCCAUGACUUCUUAGAGGAGCACGGCUUUUCAGAAGAUGUGAACGAACCGCAAAAACCUUCCUGCUUUUGUAGACGGGAGUGCCUGUAUCCAAUCCAUGUUGCCACGAAGAAUGGCGAUGCCGAAGUAGUUCGGCUCCUUAUUGAUGCAGGUGCGAAUCCUUCUCAAAAGACCUCGAAGGGACGCAGCACAGUGGGGAUCGCUCAGAAGGCCCACCACCACCAUCUCGUCCCCAUCCUCGAAGGGGCGAAACCUUUGUCUGCCCGUGAACUCAUGAAGAUUCAGAUAGAAAGCUGCUGA